ACAAGAAAUCAACUACAACUUUUCGACUGUUUUUCAAACUUCUUCAAAAUGAGGAGAGAACUUUGUUCAUUAACCUUUUACAGGGCUGUAUUUGCCGAAUUCCUAGCCACCUUGAUCUUUGUGUUUUUUGGACUGGGCUCUGCUCUGAGAUGGCCAGCUGCUCUGCCAACAGUGCUACAGAUCUCUUUGGCCUUUGGUUUGGUGAUAGGUACAAUGGUUGUGACAGUGGGACAUAUCAGUGGAGCGCAUAUAAAUCCAGCAGUCUCGUUUGCCUUUGUUCUUGGAUCUCAAAUUUCAAUAUUGAGAGGUAUUUUCUAUAUCAUUGCCCAGCUUCUGGGAGGAUUGGCUGGGGCUGGUAUCCUAUAUGCGGUGGUUCCACCACCUAUCCGAGGAAACCUUGCAAUCAACACGCUCAGUAACAAUACGACUCCAGGGGUUGGCUUCGUCGUUGAGAUGAUCCUUACCUUUCAACUGGUUUUGUGCAUCUUUGCAUGUACUGACAGUCGCAGGACUGAUAAUAUAGGCUCUGCAGCCAUAUCUAUUGGCCUUUCUGUUACUUUGGGUCACCUUGUUGGGAUAUACUUCACUGGUUGCUCAAUGAAUCCUGCACGCUCAUUUUCUCCAGCAGUCAUAGUGAGAAGUUUUCGCAAUCACUGGGUCUUCUGGAUUGGGCCAUUAGCAGGCGGUGCCAUAGCCUCUUUAGUAUAUAAUUACAUUCUCUAUCCAAACGUAAGAUCUCCCAGGGAGAAGCUGGCCAUACUUAUGGGUACCGAUGAGCCAUCAAAUGCCUGGACUGAGGAUCUUGAACAGCACAAGAGACACUCUUUGGAGUGUCCUGACCGUGUAAAUAAGCCAUUCUCUAUGUAACAAGAAUGGGUGACAUAGUAAAUGGACAAUGUAUUUCAAUAGCAAAGCCGGGGUUAUCAUGCCAAAAAGCUGUUGAUAUUUGGAAAUCCAAAAUUUCUCUGUGGUUCUGCUAUGCCAAAGCACAGAUGGGUUUGGUAUUCUCUUAUAUUAGACAAUGACCUUGCUGAAAAGCAAAGCUUAAUUUAUUAAUGAAAUGUAGUUUAAACAUCAGUAAGUGUUAUCUAUGCUUUAACAAACAUGUUGAUUCAAAUUGGUACCAGUCCAACAACCAGCAUGGACUCCAUAGCGGCAUAAAUCACAGUAAUCAUAAUAACUGUAUAGUGCUACCAAAUACUAGUAGUGGCUAAGAAGACCAUUAAGUACAACCUUUUAAUGCUUGAAGUUUUAAGCACUAGACCCCAUGUACAAAGGUUAACUUUGGCCCACCACCUAAUAACCUUACAUAUGCAAUGACAUCACAACGUAUUGAUGUCGUCUUUUCCAUAGUAAAUAUCUCCAUCUAGCCUGAAUAAUUAUCAUGUGCCUAUGGACUGCCCCAAAAUAGUGUUAGUAUUCUCUUAUAUGGAACCAGGGCCUAUGAGACCCCAAGACGACAUGUCCUGGUUGUGAUUGCUACUUUGAAACAAUUAUCAAAGUUGUUAAAACUGCUGCUUAAUAAACUUAAAGAAAAUGCAACAUUAGUUUUUACCCUUAUAUUAUAGUUCUCUUUUCAGUCAUAACUAGGUUUUGUUUACGUGGGGCAACAAUCCUGCUCUUACCCUGUAUCUAAAUACCCUGACCAAGGCAGAGUGGUCUGUUGGAGACUCUUGGCACCCAGAACCCAACCAGAUAACCUCACUACACUCCUGCAAAAUAAUGCCCUGCAGUGUGCAUCCAACAAACAGUUUAUUAUUUUUUUAACUAAAUCUGAUUAAUAAUGCAAAAUGAGAUGGAAAUCAGCACAGUGUCUUACUAGCUCUGAUCUGAAUUCCUUUGAGACAGAUUGGUUGCCAGAGAUAUACUGGCUGACAGGAUUGUUAAGCUUCACAUUCUCGGCAGAUCUUAAAUCGAUCUGAGAGCAAGGGAGGGCCAAAGGAACCUGGUGGUAUUUAAACCAGUCAUUCAUCUUGCUGCCAUAUUAAUUCGAUUUUUCUAAAAUGUACUUUUAUAGUAGGUGGGGAUUGGGGAACCCUUUUAACAUAGUUUAGAACAGUAUAAUAUACUGUAUAAAUUAAAGUAAACCUCCAUUCUUAAACAUUUACUUUAACCUAGUAUGUUUACAAUUCUGUGCAGGUAACUUAUUACUAGUAAAUAAUACUAAGUAUAUUUAUAGUGGCUGGUGCUCAGUUUUUUAGGCUGCUCUCCAAAUCCAUUGUAUAGACAUGCAUGCUAAAUCCAAAUCACCAGCAAGUUCCUCCGGAGGGGGACUACUACAUACUAUGUUUACAUUUAAACAGGGGCGGACUGGCCAUAUACCUUACAGGGAAAUUUGCUGGUGGGCUGAUGCCUAGGGGGCCACCCAAGCCCUCCUCUCUGCCACUGACCGGGUACAUAAUGAGCCAGCGACCGUACAUAUCCUCCUGAAUUCAUCUGCUGGGGCCCACAUCUCACCUCUUAAACUUCCUACUCCAUAUCUUAAUGAGAGACAACUGGAGGAGGAAAGAAAAUGCCAUCUAUUGAUGGCCACCACAGAUGGACAGCUAUUGGUGCAAUAUAUCCCACUGUGCUGCACUGUGGUAUAUGGUUCUAAUGGUAUGGUAUUUUACACUAUGGUAUUGUUGACCCCCACGUACUUGUGUUGCCCCGCCUUGUGUCAGUUUGGGGUCACUUUAGUUUUUUAGUUUUUUUUUUACCAGGGCCACUUUACGUUCCCAGUCCGCCUCUGCAUUUAAAAAUAAAACAGUAAACAUUACAGCUCCUCUAGUGGUGGUUGCUGGUGCAGGGGAUUUGGAGCUUGGUAUCAGAAAAACUAGGCUUUAAUCGCUAUUAUAUAUAUAUAUAUAUAUAUAUAUAUAUAUAUAUAUAUUAGGAGACUAACAAUCACAGAAUUUUUAACUUAAAAGUGUCAUAGUGUUUAAAAGGUUAUUCACUUUAAAAAUAAUUUUCUUGGCCAGAGCUCCUGGGAGAAAGGAUAGAUUAGUGUUGAUACACAUGUUGGAGCAGAUUUAUUAAGACAUGUCAUACAGUCUUAAAUAAAAGUAUGAAAAAGUAAAAUGUGCCAGUGCACCAAAUUUAUUAAGAGGUGUACACUUCUAAAUACAUUUGGCAUGUAAUGGUCUGUCCUGAAAAAAAAUGUGCCAAAAUUUGAGCCAUUUGCCGGCUUCUCAAUCUUUUUUGUACAAUUUACAUUUUUUGUAGUCGUCUUGUACAAAUUGCAUCUUUUUAAAGUAAAAGAAAAAAAGAAAGAAAAAACUGCUGAAAAUUCGCCCAGUGGUUGAAAUUUGAAGUAUAUCUCAUUGAAAACCCACUGACUGAUGCCUAUGAGUUGAAGCAUGGUCUUAAAAACAAAAAGCAAAUUGCCACGUUUGCAAUAAAUAAGCUUUGUAGUUCGCAUACAGUGUUAAGUGUUAAUAAAAUGAUAACAAUGAUUGUGAUAAGAAGCUGUGGAUAUGAUUUAUUACUGAUGAGUUUUAACACAAUACCUCUGGUAGACCUUUUUUGAGAAUGAAAGACUCCGGGAUAAAAGAAGAUGUAUGGUCCAGUUUCAUGAUAGCACAAAGGCAUUUACAGAAAAUGUCUAAAAAUGCAAUUUUUUUUAAAAUUAACAAUCAGUGUACAAUUUAAUUAUCAUUAUUUAGAAACUCUGCUCCCCACAGAGUUACAUGAUGUACUUAUAAUGUAUCCCACACUAUAUUUGCAAUUUUAUAACUGCAUUUAUGUUGAUUGUGAGAAUAAAUUUAUUGUAUUAAACUUUU